GAGAAAAGCGUCUUCGAUACCAAGACGACAUUAUAUCGAAAACAUGGAAGCCGCACAAGCACGUGUUCAGGAUGCUGUCACUGCCCACAGCGAAGAGCUGGAGAAAGGACAAAUCAGGGGUAUUGAGGUGGAAAUGUACAAAUGUGACCUAAAGUGUGUGGAGAAUAAGUCAUACACUGUGGAGGACAAGGAUCGCUGUUUGGAACGCUGCUCCUCCAGAAUGAUGCAGAUACAGAAAUAUGUGAACUCAGAAAUGGAGAAUUACCAGAACCGGUUACAGCGUUGUGCUAUGGAUUGUCAGGACAAAGCUCGGGACCAGAUGACCUCCAAAAAGGGAGAUGUGGACAAGAUUCGGGGAGAAAUGGAGACAUGCAUGAUAAAGUGUGCCGACUCACAUGUUGAAUUAGCUGGAACCAUGUUUAAACGCAUGUCUAAGUCUAUAGCAAGCAACAAGUACUCUUAAUUAAUCAAUUAAUUAAUUAAUUAAUGUGUGGUAGUUAGGACAGAUCAAAUAUGGAAGUGUAAAAUAAGGUACAUCAUGUUUAUAAUCAUGUUAAUGUUAUCAUGGGAGAAAUUAUCAGUUGUCAGUAUGGAAGAGAAUGGGGCAAAAUAUUCUUGUGUGUGUGCUGGGGUUAAUCUUGGAUUUGAACCCAUUUUGAAAUUUAGGGGAAAUGAAGGGCAGCAGUGUCUUGAAUUAUUCUUUAAACUUUAAUAUUUUUCAGUUAUUCUUUGCUGUAAUUCUUUCAUAUUUCAUCAAAAUUUGGGAGAUUUCCCCUGUUUUGGAGAAUUUUCCUGUUUUAUGGGAUUUUUCCUUGAUGGAGAAUUUGUUUUUAUUAAAAAAAAAUCAGUGGGGAAUACUACCUAAUUUCAGUAGUAAAAUCAGUCUAGAUUAACCUCUGGUGCGAUUAAAUAAGGAAUAUCAUGUGUUCAACAGAAAUUUCUUUUUAGACUGAAUUAGUGGGAUGUAGAAUAUGAAAGAUACAUACCUUGAAAUGUUAUGUUUAUUCCCGAAAAAAUGUGUAGCCACUAGAUCUAAAUGACUCGGAAAUAAAGAAAUUCUAAUCCUGGCAGGUACUGCUACAAAAAGCUGGCUGAUUAUGUGUAACUGUGUGAAUGUGGCUCUUAGUUGACAAACCUGGUGUCCUCUUGUUCUGUUGAUAUUUCACUGGAAUAUAGUCCUAAUUCAGAAUCAUUUGAUUAUCUUUAAAUUUUAAAUGAAAGGAGGUAUACAUUGUAUAAACAUUCUCCUGACAUCCCACCUUUUUUACAAUAUUGAUGACAUUUGGAGUUUAGUGUAUACUUAUAAUGGCCGCGGACUAACCUCUGAUAGCUCCAAUACCCUGUUUUACUCGAACUAUAAAUGUAUUCCCAAGCAGUUAGAGUUAGUGGGGGUUAGAUGUACUGUACUAGCAUUAUCAACAGGUCAUAUUGGAAGUUAAUUAGUACAAGGAAAUUU